AGAAGCAGAACAAAAGCUGAAGGAAAGUCAAGAAAUAAAUAACAAAUCAGAUCAAGAUAAAUAGAAUAUUAAUGCCUUAGCAGGCAUGUACAGCAUUAGCUGUUGUAUAAUAUAAAUAAAUAUAGAUAAAAUAAUACAAAAAUGUUUCUUGACCAAUUUCUGAUUGAGAUUGCUAUAGCUUUUUAUCUAGCUGCAACUUUAUUAUAUAAAUAUGGAAAUGUGUAUAGACAGCAUAUUAUUGUUACAAUCUCAGUGCUUAUUGCAUGGUACUUUUCACUGUUGAUAGUAUUUAUAUUACCCCUAGAUGUUUCUUCAACUGUUUUUAGGCAAUGUAUGGAACAAUAUAUACAUAACUCAAGUAAUGAAAAUGCAAAUAAUACUACAGAUGCUCUAUUUCAUACAUGCAAAGAUCCUUUACCAAAUAUACCAGAACAUGUAUUCCCAAAAUUAUGGAGGAUUGUAUAUUGGACAUCACAAUGUUUAACAUGGUUAAUACUUCCUUUAAUGCAAUCUUAUAUAAAUGCAGGUGAUUUUACAGUACAAGGGAAGCUAAAAUCUGCUCUUAUUGAUAAUGCGAUUUAUUAUGGAAGUUACUUAUUCAUCUGUGGUAUCUUAUUAAUAUACAUUGCAUUAAAGCCAGGAUUACAUCUUGAUGGACAAAAGCUAAAAGCUAUUGCUUCCUCUGCAUCAAAUACAUGGGGAUUAUUUUUAUUAGUAUUACUUUUGGGAUAUGCGCUUGUAGAAGUACCACGUGGAUUAUGGAAUACUAGUAAACCUGGAUAUACUUUGCAUUAUAGUUAUUUCAAAAUAGCUAAAUUGAGUUCAGACAAAUGUGAGGCAGAAGAAACAGUAGAUGACAUACUUGAGUCCUUACAAGUUGCUACAAUAUCUAUUGGACCAGGCCACCCGUAUCAUUUUAAUUUGGAAACAAUUCUACAAAAAAUACCUGCUGAACUAAAAGAUAGAAUGAAUAGAAGACAGUUACCAGAUGAUACACCAAUUGAUACUCCUUCAGAAAAAUCUUUAAUUCGAUUGCACAAACAGACUAUUAAAGCUUUACAAACACUGCAACGUGUAGAAACUUUGUGGGGCAUUACAGUGGAUAAAAUCAUUCAUUUGGAAGAUGUAGAAAAAAAUCAAGUUAGUCAUGAGAGAAGAUUUAAACCAACAUUUCCUGUACAUCGAUCAUUCCCUCUUCGAAUAAUUUACAAUCCAAUUAUCGAAUGGUAUUGGAAAUGUAUUAUUAAAAGUUAUGUUAAGAGGGUUGCUGCUAUUUGUGCUGCUUGUUUAUCUGCAGCUGUUGUAUGGUCAGAAGUAACAUUUUUUAAUAAAUCACCUGUUCUAUCAUUGUUUGCACAAUUUGUUAAUAUAGCUAAAGAAAAUUAUGAUUACUUUACAAUAGAGGUAUUGUCUACACUCAUCAUUGCUUACCUUUGCUAUUGUGCUUAUUCAACAAUUUUAAAAAUUCGUGUUUUAAAUUUAUAUUAUCUGGCACCACACCAUCAAACGAACGAGUAUAGUUUAAUAUUCAGUGGUAUGAUGUUAUGUCGCUUGACACCACCUAUGUGUCUUAACUUUUUGGGACUUAUUCAUAUGGAUUCUCAUAUUAUAAAAACGCACAUUUUAGAAACACAUUAUACUCAGGUAAUGGGUCAUAUGGAUGUAAUAUCCAUAAUAUCUGAUGGAUUUAAUAUCUAUUUUCCAAUGGCAAUAUUAGCAUUUUGUUUGGCAACAUAUUUCAGUUUAGGAAGUAGAUUACUUUCAAUGUUAGGAUUUCAACAAUUUCUUGAUGAUGACGAAUUUACUACAGAUCUUGUAGAAGAAGGAAGAGAACUUAUUAUACGUGAAAGACGUAAGCGACAAAGAGCAGAAGAUUCUGUAUAUAGAAGACGUGAAUUCCAAGAACGUUUCAAUGUUACUGGAAGUUCUUCUCGUUAUAGAUCAUCUAGACAGAAUAUGGACACAGUACGUUCUUUAAAAAGAGAUGAAUCUGUGGAAUCAGCAGGAGCUGGUUUAUUACGAGAUUUCGAUUCGACAGAUUACUAUGUUGGUACAACUUCUGAAAUAAAUUCAUAUGGUGCAAACAGUCACUUUGAACGUAAUUACCAAACUGAUAAUUUGUAUGAUGUGAAUUCAGAUAAUGCAAGAUCAUUUUCAACAAAUACAAACCGUGUAGGACCUGCGCCUAAAGGAUUGUUUGAUGAUCUUUAAAAUAAAUAUUUAAAAUACAUAAAAAAAAUUAACUAAUUAUAACAAAUAUAGUCAGAUUUAUAUUGAACUAUUGUAAUUCAUAAUUUAUUAAUUGACUAUUAGCUAAAAAAAAUAACAUUUUGCUACCAUGAAAAUUGUGUUUUGUAAUAAUACAGUAGUAUGAUAAGAAAGCUUGCAUUUACCUGCUACUAUGUAUAGUUAUUUACUUUUUAACAAUAAUAAAAAUAUGUGUAGAAUAUAGA